ACGAAACUGUACACCACAUGCGAGGCGCUUGAUAUUCUCAAGAUACGACGAUCGACAGAUCCGAAGACAAUAUUAGUAUAAUUUAAAAUUAUUUAGUUAUUCGUUGGGUUAGGGCCAGAGGCUGAAGGAACUGUAGGAUAGGUGAGAGGAUUUAAGUCCAGAGCGCGGAGGAUUAAAUUACAAAUUUUUGCUAUUAUGGAACUUAGUUAUAUCUAGGGAAUAAACGCACACACCCACAGCCACAUGCACAGCAAAAGCACACACUCACACUGACACAUCGACACACUGACACUCACACACACACACACAGCCACACACACACAACACCCAAAAAGCAGCUGAAAAGGAUAUAGAACAAGGUUCAGUCACCGGGAGAGAAGGCAGAGGAAUUCAAAAAAUGGCUUAGAGAGAGGGAUGCGUGAUUAAAAAUCUAAAUAAAAUCUCGAACAACAAACUAGUCAAGAAAGUCAAAGCUAAAGUUAACCUUAACGAAGUAAAAAAAAAAGGAAAUAAUUUAGAUAAAGAAUAAAAACAAUAUACAAGAAGCCUCCUUUCAAGAGAAGAGGUUGAAAAUAAUAUGAAAACAAAAAUAGUUUAAAACCAAAAUAAGAAAAAACAUUUUCCAUUUCGGCUAUAAAAAAUAUAAGGCAACGGGAUAUAGAAAGUUAGAAGUGUAAGUUAUAAAAAAAAUAAAAAUAAAAAAGAAUUAAAGGAAAGCAAGAGCGAGAGAUUAGAACUUUAUUGUAGAAAGCAGCGAAUGUUAGCGGUGUUCAUUUUAAAGGCUUUUACCGAUCCAACUAAAAUCUAAGCACCAACACACAAGCGAAUAAGAACAGAGAUUAAAAAAAACCCCACACUAGACACCAGAACAGACAACAGACACCUCCGCCAUGAAGAAAAGCUCCACGCUGACGACGACCACGUCGAUGCCCACUAGCCCCACGCUCUCAACCCAGACGCUCUCCGCCAGCAAGAUCAGUCUGACCAGCAGCCGGUGUGGCUCCACGGCGGGCUCGGCAUGCGGCUCGGCGGGAUCUGCGGGCUCGGUGCGAUCCGCCUGCCAGUCGCCGGUGAGACCGGGUAGCGGAUGCGUGGAUGCCCUCAAGGCGAAGCGGGAGGAAAUCGAGAUCGAAACGGUGCUUGAGAAGGCAAAGUUCUACACCUCAGUGUGCCUUGGUACGACUGCCAUUUUGUCGGUGUUCACAUUCCUCUUCCUGAUACCCUUCGUCGUGGAUCCCGCCAUUUCAACGAUCAUCGCUGAUUAUGAUCCAGUGCCGGUGACCUGCAUCGUCAUCGAUCACAUCUAUGCGGAGGGCAUCAAGAACUGCAGCUGGAGCUCCUGUCGCGAGGGCUGCACCUCAUCACUCACCAAGUGCCAUCAGUUGUUUGUCAACUACACGCGCAUCCCGUUCAGCGAGUGGGAGCGCAAUCCUCGGGACCUGGACACGGUCAACUGGGAUGUGAGCUACACCAAAUUCCUGAUAAACUCGGAGGGCUGUGGCUAUCCACCCACGACCAACUGCAGCGUCUUUGCCAGGCAGUACGGAUUCUCACAUAUUGGAGAACCUUUUCCCUGCUACUACAGCAGGGCCUAUCCGGAGGUGGUGAUCGGUCGGUACUCGUGGGAGAACAACCUGUACCACCUGAUCCUAUCGCUGAUCAUACCGAACGUGCUCUUCGCCAUCUCGAUCGGGGUGCUCAGCUAUUGGUACUGUCCCUGCUGCGAGAAGGCCUGCAACAAAUCCUCGCGGGUCUACGCCGAGAAGUUCCCGACCAAGGAAGACAAACUUCUGUGUCACAGUGACGAAGACGAUGAAAUGGAAUACUAGCAAAAAAUAAUAUUAGUUAAUGCCCUUAACAAAUAGCAAAUUCAAAUUUGUAGUCUGUACCACACAACACAUAGCUUAUCUAGAUAUACAUUAUAUACAAAUGAUAGAAAUUCCAUUUGACAUUUGCCAUAUUACAUCGGAAAAAACAAAAACAAAAGAUACAACAAAAAAAAAUAUAUAAAAAUUGCUGGCGGAGCAUCGUCGAAGGAUACAACCUUUUUCUCAGCCAUUUUAUUCGAAAUUAAGCGCUCAAGACACAUUUGUUAACUCAACUUUGCCAUCAUAUUGUUAUGCUAGACAUACAACAUAUUAUAGAGUCUCUCUUUGGUUGGAAUACUUUAGAAACUUGGCUUUUGAACCGGCUUUUGGAGGCGGCAACGAUGCUCCGCUUCAUAAUUAUUGCGCCACUCUCGACUUCGAUUUCCACAAAGAUAAUACCAAUACCAAUUAAAGAAUCGCUUGUUUUCAACAAAUUGUGAUAGUAGUCAUAAAAAAUAUUAAGUAAAUUCGUAUUACUAACUAAACAAAGAAACCAAAAAAAAGUAAACGGAAAGCGAAACCGAAAUACCAAUCAAAGCAAUUGUAUAGAAUCGAUACCCGAUACUGCUCCGGGCCACAAAUUAAUGGCCGAGACUCGACAUAAAUCCGGGCGGGCGGAGAUCAAACUCAAAAAAAUAUAUAGAUACCAGAUACAAUCCAUGGGGAUAAGCAGCGGAACCAAAAAUGAAUUCACACUCAUCCAGACACACACACAGACACACUCGCAUUGGGACACUCUUCGACAUUUUUGAAAUAGUUUUAACAAUCUUAUGUAAAAAAGCAAACAUCUAAUGGAUUAUAACAAUAUAUAUAAAUAUUGAUAUAUAUACAAAAAAGAACAUAUAGCUUAGCAGAACCGAUAUAACGCACGUUGCUUAUGAGAAUUUUUUAAAUCAUACAAACCAAACCGAACAAAACAAACCAAUUUGAAUGCAAAACGAUUAAAAUUUUUUACUUAACGUGUCUUUAUCAAUAAACAAAUUAAACCAGCUAACGGCCUAUUUAAUAAACAAUUAAAACCAAAAAAAAAAAGAGAAACAAAAACAAAAGUGGAGAAAUGCUAAAAAAAAAAGAGAUGUUUUCUUUCAAAACUUUCUUUUGGGGAAUGAAAGAGUAGCAGAAGCCAGAAACCAGGACACGGGGUUAACCACCAGUGAGCGAGAGAGAGGGAGAGAAACUGGGAGGAUUCUCCUGUUCUCCAGGCGCAGGCGUGUUGACAGGAUCUGGAACCAUUUGUUGAGCUGGCUCCAUCCCUGUCCCUGUUUCGGUUUCUGUUUCCUUUUCAGUUUCAGUCAAGGGUUUGUUUUGACCUGGCCUUUCACUUUCACUUUCGACCAAAAGUAAGAGUGCGCAGUGCGUCCUUUGGCAGCCCUGGCAUCCGCUCCGGGACUCAGUCAGGACUCAGUUGCUGCCAGGAGCGGACGUGGUUAAGGACGUGGUGCCCUCGGAAAAUCACACUCGCACCAAACGGAAGGCCUCGGAAGCAGCCAGAGCUCAUUCAUCAAACAUAAACGUCCCAGUUCCUUUCCCACUCCAGGACACUUCCACAUUCCACCCACCUGACCAAGUCAUUUUAAAGUCCAAACACAAACAAGCCAGUGGAACUUUGACCGAAAAUAGACCAGCACUCGCUCACCAAAAAAACAAACAGCGACCCAACCCACCACAUCGAACCACCCCAACGACAACCCCACCCACCCAGGAA